AUGAAACAAAAUACAUCAUCGUCGACAAGUUUCGAUCGACCAAAAAUCCUACUAUUCAGAUUUCUUGCUCAUCAAAUUCAUCCAUUUGCAUAUGCUGUUAAUACUUUUCUACAGCCAGCUCUUGAAGAUUGUCGAACUUUAAUAAAUAACAGCCCAGAAGAUACAUUUAACAUCUUAUUGUCACUUACACAGACUUUCAUCCGUUUCGCGCCUGAUUCUGAACUGAUCUACGAUGACAUUCAGCAGUUUGCCAAAAAUCUCAAGGAUUCUAUUGAUGAUUGCUUAACUUCCAUCGAUCCAGAUACCAUUCGACAAUCAUCACAAACACUUGAGUCAAUCCAUCGAAGUCUCUUGGCAAUUAUUCAACAACAAAAUAAUGACAAUACAAGUUAUACAAAUAUGUAUAAAAACAUGUCAGCAGUAUUAACUAAUCUUCAGAAGAUCAAUUCUCUACCAGUUGAAGUGCACGCCUUGUCAUCAAAUGGUGAUCUUGAUGUAACAAUACCCAUUGAAAAGGUAGACAAACAAGACAUCAUCCCGAACAUUUAUGGGCAUUUAGGUAAUUCGCGAAAGCUUAAUGGUCAUACCAAUGGAUAUCAUGGUACCAUUUCGAAAGAAGCAGCAACCAGUUUCAACCUUCCACCACCGUCUUCUAUAACAGAAUCUCAAUCAAUACCAAAUCCCAUCGUUCCAUUAACGGCAACGUCAAUUACAACAAAACUUAUGAAUCAAAUGAAGAAUUUAACAGUUACUUCUGCAUCACUACCAACGGAUACAAAUGUAACGCCAUCAAUGGCACCUCGAUCGGUGUCUACUAUAUCCUUUUCGGAUGAGUACGAAAUAACAGAAAAGAUUGUUCAGUCUGUGAAAAAACCAGCAUCAGCAGUCGCGGCUUUUCCACCACAUCUAUUUUCGACCGUAAGAACAGAGAAUAUCGAUCCAAACACAGUCAUAUCGCAAAAUGGAUGUUCGCCGCCAUCAAAGACAAAUGUAAUUAACCAAGAUGACAAUUAUUUCUGCCACGAACGCAAUCUAGCAACACCGACGUCAUUGUGCGAAGACUCCAUUCAAUUUGGUAAUACACCUAAAUUAUAUGGCAUGUCAUCAAUGCCUACGAUGGAUAAUGAUAACUGGAAUCUGGAAAAGGGACGAGAAUACUAUCUGGACCCAUAUUUUACCGACCGAGAUACAGCCGACGCAUGUUGGCAUCCAAUUAAAUACAACCUCUCUACCAUUCCGGAACAAUCACAUCUAAAUCAUACAACAGCUAUUGUUAAUUCACAUGUAACUGAUGAAUUCAUCCAAGAAUACGGAACGAAACCAAACCGACAUAUUUUACGAGGUGAUCUAUGUAUGACAUAUGGCACUCCACAAAGUGGUCCACAGACGACAUGUUUGCCGAUUGGUGUCGGUCUUUCGUACGAUGAAUUAACAUUACUUUCAUGUGAUGUCCACCGCAGUUCGCAGAGUGUUCGUUUAUUUGAUGUUCAAACUGGUCAAUUAAAACAUACGAUUUCAAGCAAUCAGCAAAUGAAGUUACAUCGUCCAAGUGCUGUGAUGAGCAAUGCACGUGACAAUAUCUUAAUUGUCGAACGAGAACAUAUUUAUGUGACAGAACCUGAUGGCCGUUUGAUACAAACUAUCAGUCAUCCUUCGAUCAAACAACUAUAUGGUAUUGCUUUGUUUCGUGAUCGUUAUUUGUUAACCAUCGAAUCCAAAGCAACGGAUAAUAAAACUGCUGAAAAUAGUCGAUUGCUACUAUUCGAUCCAGACAGUCGCCAGCUUGUAUUUGAACAACGCAUUGUUAUCAAUAAAGAGUCCGAAGAAAUUUUGAAACAACAAAAUAUCAGUCAUAUUCAAGGCAAAAUUCUACCAGAUACAACUAGUAAACCGCGCUUUCUGGCUGUGCACAAUGAUAAUAUAUACAUAGCUGAUCUUGGUCGUAGUUUAAUCUAUGGUACAACUAUUCGUAAUCAAUUUGAAUUUUGCUGCACCACAGUAUUUGGCGGUCAAGGACGGGGAAAUGGUCAACUGAUAGAUCCGUCGGGUUUAUUUGUUGAUUCCGGUGGAAAUAUUAUUAGUGCUGAUAGUAAAAAUGAUCGAAUACAGGUAUUUUCACCGAAAGGUGAAUAUAAAACUACGUUGAAGUUGAAUGAACAUAUUAAACGUCCAUCGGGCAUUUGUACAAAUCGUGCUGGUACGCAAUUUUAUGUUUCAUGUUAUCUAGCUGGAUGCGUACGAGCAUUUAAUAUUAAUUAUUAG